AAGUGAAAGAAUUUUCAGAUCUGUUGUUCAACUCGACAGUUCAGCGGAGGAACAGAGAGAUCUGCAGGCAUUAUCUGAGAUCUUUCUCAGGUCAUGUGUAAUCUCACUCCUGAUGCGUUUGAGGGGUUGUGUUCAGCUCUACAAUCCUCAAUCUGUGCCCUGAGAGAGCUGGAGCUGAGUAACAAUGACCUGCAGGAUUCAGGAGUGAAGAAGCUUCUCUCUGAUGGACUGAAGAGUCCAGACUGUCAACUGGAGACACUGAGUAAUAAGAAAGAGAAGAUUCACUUCAAACAGGGACAGGUGAGCAUCCGUCACUCUGAAGCGUCUGCACGGGAUCUUCAAGACCAAGAUUCAGAUCACUUGAAGCAAGUCCAUGAAGAGCCGAAACUGAACUCUGACAAUGACAAAACGAUUUUUUUUGAUGCUCACAGAUUGGCUUUCAUUGAAAGAGUUACCAAUGUGCAGAGCAUUGCGGAUAAACUUCUAGACCAGAGAAUAAUUCAUAAAGAGCUGUAUUCUGAAAUCACACAGACUAACGUGACCAGUCAGCAUAAUAUGAGGAAGAUUUAUGACUCUGUGGGUUUAAAAGGUAAGAAAGCAAAAGCUCGAUUCAUUGAUAUCCUUCAGGAAGAAGAGCUCUACCUGCUUGAGGACCUGAUGUGCUCUGAUGCCUAACUUUGUAUUGUUGCCACAUAAUUGAGCUUAUGAAAUCCACAAGCUCUCUCAUCCAGAGAGUUUUGAGACCUUGCGAGUCUAGAAAAGGAAUCAAAAACAACUAAACAUUGUGUGUGAAUGUUCAUACCAAGCUCCAAAACACAACUGUAUGGAUUAAGAUGAAAUAAGCAAGAUUAACAGGAACAUUUGGAGAACGCUUCAAGCAUACGAUCCACUGUGCAAUAUGAAUUUAAAUCAGCUGUGAUGAUGAUGAUGCUACCAAAUGUGUUGGUUUAGUGGUGAAAUGAUCGAACUAUAGCACUUCUUUCACUAUUACUUUGUUUCUACUCACAUUGCAUCAAGACUACAAAAUACAAAUAAAAUGAAGACCAGUGUU